UUCCGGAGUUUUCCCAUAUGAUUUCGUCAUGUUGAGACAAACAGUGAGGAUUUGCAGUAAAAAUGCUGUGAAAAACGCAGUUUUGGGAGGGAGAUGCGCUUUCUCGUCCAGUGAUUCCCAGGAGAAACACUACGAUGUGGUGAUUGUGGGUGGAGGAAUGGUCGGAACCACCCUGGCAAAUGCUAUAAGCAACAAUGCCAGUCUGUCGGAACUCUCAGUACUCCUCCUCGAAGCCUCGGCCAAAUUUAAGGGCUUUGCCGGUGGCAGCUACUCUAACAGAGUCUCCGCUCUCAAUCGCAACACCAUUGACCUGCUGAACUCCAUCGGGGCGUGGCAACACAUCCAAUCCGCCAGAUUCCGUGGUAUCAGGAGGAUGCAAGUGUGGGAUGCCCUUUCGGACGCCUUCAUAACGUUCAAUCAGGAUCCUGGGGAGGAUUUAGCGUACAUUGUGGAGAACGACCUGAUUGUCGAUGCUGCGCUGAAGACCAUGAAUAGUGGCCCAAACAUCACUGUCAAGUACAGCUCGGGCAUAAAGGAGUGCUCAAUCCCCACGAGCGCUGAGGAGCGAGCCUCUGUGACGCUGAAUGACGGUGAAGUCUUCACCUGCAAUCUGCUGAUAGGCGCCGAUGGGGCUAAAUCUCUGGUGAGAAGGAGGAUGAAUGUGAACACCUUCGAGUUCCCAUACAAUCAAUCUGGAAUUGUGGCCACGCUGGAAGUGGAGGACAGUGGCGAAAAUUCAACAGCCUGGCAGAGAUUCCUCCCAACGGGUCCGGUCGCUCUGCUGCCUCUCAGCGAUUCCCUGAGUUCUCUGGUGUGGUCGACAACAUCAGAGGAGGCGAAGAGGCUUGUGAAGAUGCAACCGGAAGAGUUUGUGGCGGAACUCAAUCGAGCAUUCACCAGGAGCUACAAUGAGAGCGGUGUGGCAUCAGUUUUAGACGUCCUCAGGAAGUGCCUAGUUCCAGCUGAUAAAAAACAUCCGCCGCCGAGAGUGGCAAAAGUACUGGACAACUCGAGAGCAGCCUUUCCGCUCGGAUUCUCUCAUGCAUCAUCCUACGUUAAGAACGGCGCAGUCUUGAUUGGCGACGCCGCUCAUCGGAUUCACCCGUUGGCUGGUCAGGGAGUGAACCUGGGCUUCGGAGACGUGAAAGCACUGACAACUAUUCUGGAGGACACCGUUUGCAGUGGAGCAAAGUUGGGCGAUUUGAGCCACUUGCUAAAGUACGAGCGAGAGAGACUCUCACGGAAUGUGCCCAUUAUGCUGGGCACGCAUGGAAUACAGAGACUCUACUGCACAGAUUUGGCUCCAAUCGUCCUCAUGAGAAGCAUAGGAUUGCAAGUGACGCAUUCACUGCCGUUCCUCAAGAAAAUCUUCAUGGAUCGAGCGAUGUAUUAAUUGGUGUCAAAUAUUGAUAUUUUCAACCUUUUUGCGUUGUAAAAGAUUUUUCAUAGUCAUGUUAUUCAUCAUUAAUCGCGGUCAUGAAUUUUCAUUUCAAAAGUGCAGGAGAAAUUCAAAUACUUUCCGCACGGCGGCGAUACUUGUCAAAAUUGCAGACGGCGAGUUCCCGGCGGAACAAGUCCAAUUGAGAUCUUGCUAGUUUCCUAUAUUCAUAGGCGAAACAUGUUAUGAUCAUACACAGCGGGAGGAAUCCUGCAAAUUGGCUCACAGUCACCUUAGGGCCCAUUUU